AUGGAAUUUUUUCUUACUUCUCAUACUUCUAUUUCUGCUAUCAAUAUCUUUACCGCUUUAUGUAAACGGGUUGAAACAGGAGAAUGGAUGGAUGACAAAAAAGAAGAAUUAAAAAAUUUCAAGGAAACACUCAAUAAAGCGAUAAACAGUAUAAAAAGUGUCAAAGAUAAUGAGAGAUUAAAGCAGCUUAAUGAUUUCAGAGAAGGUGAUUUUUUGAAUCAACGUGAUUUAGGAUACAACCAUCCCGUAUGCUCAGAAAUCAUAGACGAUUCUUUAAAACCAUUUAUGGAUAUGAAAGAAAAAUUCAUAAAAAUUUUUAGAAUGCAGAGUGAUGAAAAAUUUAAAUUACUAGCAAAUAUUGCAUUAAAAAAUAUUUGCGAAAAAUUUUUGUAUGAAGAACAAGAGAACUUAGAUGUUGAGAUUGGAUACCUUGAAAUGGGUCAUCCGAAAUCAUCUCUUGACAAACAAAGACGGGACUACAAAAAAUUGAAUAGGUUUGGCAAGGAUUCUAUUGAUUUUAUUAAGGAAUCAAAACAUAAAAGAAAAACUGAAAAGUUAUCAAUAGAGUACUUGACAAUAUUUACAAUUAAUAUUGUCAGGGAUACUAUGGAAUUUUGCUCUAUGUGCAAAGAAUCAGGUUUAUAUAAAGUUUCAUUGCUUGAUUAA